AUGGGUGUAAUCCGGCUCAUCCAAGCGGCGAAUGGCAUCAGUUGUACUCCUCUGGUGAUGCUUUAUGUUCAUGAGUUUCUGUCCGCCAGAAUGCUAUUGUACUAUCUAGCAGCUAUAUUCAAAGGUCUUCAUCCAAGAGUAGAUGAUGACUUCGUUGACAAGCUGAACUACCACUACACUUCAGCAAUAAUUUUUGCGUUUGCGAUCAUUGUUUCCGCAAAACAGUACGUCGCAUAUAAUGGCAGUUCUGCUGCGUUUGUACUUUGCAAACAGUGA